CCAUUUCUGUGCCGUUCAUUGGGGCGGGGGGCACGCAGCGUGCUUUGCUAUGGAAAAUUCCCAGCCGCCUAGGCCUCUCCCUGAGAAACCCUCCCCUCUGCAGCCAAGCCGUGGGGCAGGACGUCCGCUCUGCGCCUGCAGCCGGGCUGUGGGGCAGCACCCCUGCUCCCCGCCUGCAGCCCAGCAGCGGGUUUAGGCCGGAAGAGCCAGUGUGCCCAGGUCAACGCCCUUCGCCUGGUCACUCCUGCGUGAGCCCCAUUCCCUGCUUCCGGCCGGGCACCUCCAGCAGCAGCUCGGCAUGGCCGGGCGUCUGCACUGCUCACCCACCCCAGGGACCGAGCUGCUCGUUCUCUGCGUGAGUGUGGCCCCAUGCGGGGGCAAGGGGCGAGGUCUCUGCUCCCCCGGCUGGUGUGGAACGAGGCAGGAAUGCUUUACGCUGAGGGCCCUGUGCGGGACAUAGGCCCUGGAGGGCAGGCACCAGCCCCACACCACAGAUCAGCCAGGGGAGGGGCCUGAUGUCCCUGCCUGAGUGCAGACCCCCCCAAGACCUGCUCCAGGUAGAGGGAAAGGCCGGUGCACCAAGACACCCCUCGACCCCCAGCUGGAGAGAGGAUCCUCAAGGCAGCUAGCCAGGGCCAUGGUGAGAGCACCCGGCAGGGGAAGGGUUAACGCUUGCACAACCCCCAUCCAAUCGCACUCGCCCUCAAACAAAUGCAUUAUUUGCUAAGUAAGGAGGGGGGCCGCUGUGGAGCCCAGGCAGGGGGCUCCGGGAGACACUUCUUCCCCAGCUGGGCGAGGCACCUCAUGCUGGCACUAGGGAGCCUGGCGGCCUGGGCCUUGGCUUUAGCCCUCCUCUGGCUCCUCGCCACGCAGCUCUGGGGGCCAGGCGGGGGCAGCCUGCUCCCCAGCCGGGAGCCGGGGGGUGCAGGCGAGGGAGACGAUGGGGACAAUGUCAUUGGGGAGGAGGGGCCUGGGGCAGGGCGCUGCAGGCUCAUCUGCAAAUCCUCCGCGCUGGCCCGGAGCCUGCUGCGGAGCCUGCGGCGGGGCGCUGCCCUGCAGAGCGGGCGCUGGCUGUGCAGGACCUGGCCUCAGCUCCAGACCAUGUUCCAGCUCCUCGUCCCCCCUGCCCGCCAGCCGGAGCUGGCCCGGGAGCUCCUGCAGCUGGCCGACGGGGGCCUGGUUGCCCUGGACUGGGUCAUGGGGCCCUGUGGCAGCAGCAAGAGGAGUAGAGCAACCACUGCCUUUGGCACCGCCCCGGUGCUGCUUGUCCUCCCCAAUGCCUCCGGGAAGGUCACCAGGGGCAUCCUGCACCUCUGCCUGCUGGGCCUGGAGCAGGGCUACAAGCCCGUCAUCUUCAACCGGAGGGGACACAACGGCAGCCCGCUCGCCAGCCUGAAGCUGCAGGCCUUCGGGGACCCAGGCGACCUCAAGGAGGCAGUGACAUACAUCCGCGUGCGGCAGCCAGGUUCCUCGCUCUGCGCCGUGAGCGAGGGCUCAGGCUCGGGCCUGCUCCUCUCCUACCUGGGGGAGUGUGGCUCCUCCAGCUACCUAGCUGCAGCGGCUUGCAUCUCGCCCGUGUUCAGGUGCCAGGAGUGGCUGGAGACCGGGUGCCCCUGGCUGUAUGAGUGGAGUCUGCUCCUGCACCAGAAACGAGGCCUCAGCAGGUACGCCACCGCGCUGGCAGAGGUUGUGGAGACAGGCAGGCUGUUCAGGAGCCGCUCGCUCCGGGAAUUUGAGGAAACCCUCUUCUGCCAGACCAAGAGGCACCCUGUCACCUGGGACGCUUACUGGGAUCGCAACGACCCCCUCCGGGAGGUGGAUGAGGCAGCUGUCCCGGUCCUGUGCAUCUGCAGCGCCGACGACCCCGUCCGAGGCCCUCCGGCCAGCACCCUCCCCAUGGAGCUCUUCCACAGCAGCCCCUACUUCUUCUUGCUGCUGACACCACACGGAGGGCACUGCGGCUUCCUGAGGGAGGGGCCCUGCUCCUGGAGCCACGACGUGACGCUGGAGUACUUCGCCACCGUCGCGGAGUUCUUUCGCACGGAGGAGAGGCUGAAGGGGCUGCACCGGUACAGGAGGGGCGUCCUGCAGAAGAGAGAGGCUUCCUCUGCUGCCUGCCACCUCCAGGAGAUCUUCAGCUGGCAGAGGUCCUACACCAGGUAGCACCAGGCAGGUCUAGCACCUCUCCAUAGCGUCCCUGGGAGAGGCUGUCCAAGGGCCAUGCAGCGCUGUGCAGUCACCCCCCGUUAGAGGACAAGCAGCACCCCGUGUUGCACAGCCUUCCCCUUGCACGCUCACACCAGCAUGGCAGGCACUGCACACACAGGCCCUGUCAUCCCCUCCCCACAGAAACAGACUGUUGAAAGCCCACAUGGCUGACAUGACUGGUGUGUUCCCACCACACUGGAAAUGGCCCAGGCUGCGCACUCUCAGGGCUGGGCAUGGCUAACUGAGCCUCCCCUGUGCCUAUGAAACUCCACUAGCUCCUGCAGUUCCCAGCGGCCAGCCGGAGCGUGCUGGGGUGGGAAAGUGCCCCCGGGUCAAAGCAAUCUCCAUCGUGCCCCUGCCAUGGGAGGGCGCUGUGCUGCUGAAGGAGCAGUGUUCAGGGGAGAUGCAAAGCCCACGCCCUGGUCCUCGGGCGCGCUCCACAGGAGGCGGCUUUAGAUCCACAGUCCUGGCUAAAUCUCACCUUUCAAAACCCGC